UUGAAACAGCUAUGUCAUGUCAUUGUUAGCUGGGCAAACCCCAGAUGAGUUAUUUAACUAAGAGGAACACACAAAAAAAGAACAGUCAGUUGUGCUAUUGAGAAGGUUGAGGCAGAAGUUUACAAGGGCCACACUAUAUUUAACAAUGCAGAGCCAGGAGAAAAAAGAGAGCUCUGGUUCUCGGACAGCAGUGGUCAUCUGUGCUGUGGUUGUCACCCUGUUGCUUUCCGUACCUACUACAGCAUUACUUUCAUUGUAUUUUACUAGGGACAAUGCAAAGCAAAAUGCAUCUGUGCAGCAGAUCCAUGACGAAAAUUCCACACACGAGAAGUUCAGUGGUUCAGUAAAUCCAUCCUGGAUGAAAGUGAAUGCAGAGAAACCAGCAGCACAUCUCAUAGGAGUCGCUCCAAAAAAUAAGACACUGGUCCACACACACAGGAUACAAUGGCAAUCAACUGCAGGCCAUGCUUUCAUCAGGAAUGAGAUUCAGUAUUCUCCAAGUCACUCUAUCGUCAUUCCCCAGCAAGGGCUUUACUAUGUCUACUGUCAGGUUGGAUUCCGUGGAAAAGGAUGUCACAAAGGAAUCCCCUUCACACUGACCAAUCAGGUCUUCCAUGAGCAUGACUCCUACCCUCAACCAAUCCUGCUUCUUGCUGGAAUAGAGACUGUUUGUGGAAAUGAACAAUUUGCAAAGACAUGGUACACUGCCCUCACUCAAGGGGCGUUGGUACACCUGGACAAGAACCACCAUCUCUAUGUAAAUGUGAGCCAUCCUCUUCUAGUGAAUUACGAAGAUGGAAAAACAUUCUUUGGUGCUGUCCAAAUUUCAUGAGAAGGAGGUUACUUUUCAAGGUUCUGAUGUCAUAAAUGUGUAACCCCUUCACUUAACAUUGCAUUGUACUGCGAAAAUCAUAUCAAAUAGUAUUCAUAAUAAGCCUGGAUGUUGACUAAAAACUUUUAAAAGCAUUAUCACAUCUGUUGCUCCAAUUUAAAAAGUCUGCAGUGUGCUGGAAUAUUUUACUUAGCACUGUUUUACAAUGCAAUUAAAACUGAACAUCAUCUGCAAAA